UAUUUUUAGGGGACUGCAGCAGCUGCAAAAGCAUUUAACGGUCUUCCAUGAAACAAUGACACUCGGGGUGUCUCAGGACUGAGCGCCACACAAACUGUGGGACACCGUCGUCGGUCGAGAAGCUUUUUUACGCACAGUAGUGGGGGGCUGUCACGUUGUCUUGUGUUGUGUUGUGUCGGGCCACGCCACGCCACACAGUGAACGCUUGCUUCCCUUGGAUUGCCCAGGAAGCCAUCUGAUCGAGGCAAGAUUGAGUCGGGACCAGACAAGGCAAGACUAGUGUCGGGGCAAAGGGGCCUUGCAAGAUGGAGGACGUACAGAAUGCUGGACGCUAAUCAGGGGGAGAGUGGAUUCUUCUUCUUCUUUCACCAGCACAUUCAUUGCUGUGGAGGACACGGAUGAAACUGGCUGCUGACUGACAGAGUCACGUUUUUUUUUGUAAGGAGGAGACAAACUUGUUGAAAAAGACCUGGAAAUAAGAGAGCUGGUGCGUGCGUGGAGAGAACGUGUGGCACAGGGAUGUGUGUUGACAGUCAGCCCUGAGGAUCCAGGAGAGACAUUCAGCCACAAAGGGGACGACGGCCAAGGCGACUUGCCAGACACACAGAGAGCUGCAUGCCAGUGGGGGGUGAGCUGAGGAGCAGACAUGGACGUGUUCGGAGGCGCUCCCCGCUUCCUGGCCUACCCUCGCCCCGUGGUGGUGCAGACGGGCACGGACGCCGUCCUCAAAUGCCAGAUUAGCGGGGACCCUCGGCCGGCCGUCAUCUGGGAGAGAAACAACGAGCAGGUCGAGCCGGACGGGCGCUACCGUCUGUUUGAGGACGGCAACGUCUACAACCUCAUCAUCACCUCGGUGACGACAGAGGACAGCGGCCAGUACAUAUGCAAGGCCAAGAACUGCAUCGGCGAGACGUACGCGGCGGCGACCCUGAAAGUGGAGGGCGAGGCUCAAGAGAUGGAACUGCGGGAGGAGAACAAACCGCGUUUCCUCAUCAAGCCGCUCUCCACGCGGGUCGCCAGGGGCGAGGACGCCGUGUUCUCCUGCAAACUCUGGGGGAACCCCCGGCCGGAGGUCAUGUGGGAGAAGGACGGCAGGAGGCUCAACGAGAUCUUCGAGAGCACCCACUUCAGCGUGGGCUACCAGGAAGGGGGCUGGUUCCAGCUGAAGAUCUUCAAGACUCGCGCGCCCGACGGAGGGGUGUACACCUGCAAGGCCAGGAACGAGUUCGGAGAGGGCCUGGCCGGAGCCGUGCUCCUGGUGGAUGCCGGGCCGGGACACGACGACGACGGGAACCGCAACGGCUUCACCAACGGACACUGGAAGGGCCACCACCAGGGCAAACCCAGGAGCGGUAGGCGGGAGGUGUCGUCCCGUAACAAGGAGGACCCGUUGCCUAACUCCACCAAAGUGAAAAUGUUUGCGGUUACGGAGGGAAAGCAUGCCAAGUUCCGCUGUUACGUGACUGGGAAACCCAAACCGGAGAUAAUAUGGAGAAAAGACGGCAGGCUUAUAAUGUCGGGUCGUCGCUACCUGUUGUAUGAAGACAGAGAGGGCUACUUCACUUUGAAAGUGCUCUACUGCAAACAGCAGGACAAUGGAGUGUACGUGUGUGCAGCAUCAAACACUGCAGGACAAACACUGAGUGCCGUGCAUCUGUCUGUGAAAGAGCCACCGGUGCGCUUCAAGCAGCCCCUCAUCGACCUGCAAGUCUGGGAGCGCGACCUGGCGGUGCUGGAGUGCGAGGUGCCAGAGGACGGGGUGCCCAUCACGUGGUACCUGGAGGACCGGAGGCUGCAGCCGGGGGCCAAGUACGGCAUGGAAGAAUGGGGCACCAAGCGCAGGCUGACCAUCCGCGACAUCGGGGUGGACGACGACGGCAUCUACCUCUGCGAAAUGGCCGACGGCGGGAGGAGCAUCGCUGAGGUGGCUGUGAAAGGUACAAUUGUGAGAAAACUUCCCCGAAAGGUGGAUGUCCUUGAAGGGGAAAAUGCUGCCUUUUGUGUGGAGGUAGAGGAGGAGGAGAUGGACAUCCACUGGUACAAAGAUGGAGUCGAGCUCAAGGAGACUCACCAAACCAUCCUGAAGUCUUUCGGCAGGACUCACAUUUUGGUCUUCGUCAACACCACCCCACAAGAUUCGGGUCUAGUAACCUUUUACGUGGGAAGAUCAAAGACUUCGUCUCAGCUACGAGUGAAAGGGGCAAGGCACUGCCCUCCCAGCUGCCCAGUGGGAGUGCAGAUAAACACGGAGCGCGCCAACGCAGCACUUCUCUCCUGGGUGCCUGCCCCCGACUCUCGGAAAAACCCUCCAUCGGGGUAUGUUCUGGAGCGGCAGGAGGUGGGCUCCCAGGAGUGGCUGCAGUGUCUGACCACUGACUCUGCCACCUCGGUGGAGAUCCUGGGCGACAGCGUGCCGUGCGAGGCCGACUACCGGUUCCGUAUCUGCAGCGUCAACAAGUAUGGCAGGAGUGGCAAUGUCGAGUUCCCCCGCACUGUUCAUCUGGUUCCUGUAGCGAGAAUACAAGCACCACUCCAGGACGCUCUGGUUCCUGAGGGUCAAGAUGCCUGCUUUACUAUUGAGCUGUCGGCCUCUGUCAUUGGCACAUGGUUCUUAAAUGGCACACAGCUGCAGGAAGAUGAUCAAUUCUCCAUGCGGCGCACACGCACCCACCAAUCCCUGCGCAUACGUGGGGUGCGCGACACAGAUAAUGGAGCAGAGAUAACGUUCAUCGCCUACGGAAUUAGGGAUUCGGCUGCCCUGUACAUUCAAGCUCCACUUGUGAAAUUCACAACCCUAUCCGAGAUGGACAGAAACAAGUUUGUCGAAGUCGGAAACCCAAUCGUGCUGUAUUGCGAGUUGUCAGACCCAGCAGCCCCAGUCCACUGGUACAAGAAUGGUACAGAAUUACAGUCGGUCGAGGGUCUCCACAUCCAAUCAGAGGGCACCAUGAGGAGGAUCGUCAUCCAAUCAGCGGAGUUCUCUCACUCAGGAGUAUACAGCUGCGACGCCAUCGACGACGUCAUUCGAUUUAAUGUGGAAGUGGAGGCCCCCCCUGCAAGGUUCUCACAGCUUCCCGACUCUGAGAGAAGCAGGUCUGUUGAAGUAGGACGGCCCAUUGCACUGCAGUGCGAGCUUUCAGAUCCCACUGGCCAGGUGUACUGGUACAAAGACGGAACAAAGCUCCAACAGCAAAGUGGUCUAAGUAUCCAGUCAGAUGGCAUUAAGAGAACUCUCGUGGUCCAGGCAGCCGAGUUUUGCCAUUCUGGGAUGUACAGUUGCAAGACAAAGGGUGAUGCCGUCCAAUUCAAUGUGGAUGUCAAAGCUCCUCCGCUGAGGUUCUCAGCUGUCCCUGAAGCUGAAAGAAGAGUGUUCAGUGAGGCAGGCGGCCCCGUCACGCUGCACUGUAACGUAUCCGACCCCGCUGCCCACGUCCUCUGGCAUAAGGAUGGAAUGCGGCUCUGUGUAAAAUCUGGACUAGCAUUCCAGGCGCAGGACAGCUUAAGGACGUUGCAUAUCGAGUCUGCCGAGUUGGCAGACUCUGGCAUGUACAGUUGCGCGACCAAGGACGAUGCCAUCCAAUUUCAUGUGGAGAUCAGAGCUAAGCCAGUGCGGUUCGCUGCUGUGUCUGAAGACGAGAAGAGCACAUGCGUCGAAGCAGGCUGCCCGUUGCGGCUUCAGUGUGAACUGUCAGACCCUUCUGGUUCAGUGCGCUGGUAUAAGGAUGGCCAAGAGCUUCUUCUUCCCGCGAUGGGACUGGAUGCUCAGGCGGAAGGCGCCCUGAGAUGGCUGGCGGUACAGUCAGCAGAGGUGUGCCAUGCUGGCCAGUACAGCUGUCAGACACCGGAUGACUCUGUCCACUUCACGGUGGAGAUCAAAGCUCAACCAGUGAAACUGUGGGCCUCGCCAGAGGCAGUUAAAUGUGAAUUACCCGAUGACGGCCGCCAGGCUGGAGUAGACUGUGAGAUCUCAGACCCUACUGCCACGGUGUGCUGGUACAAGGACGAAGUAGAGGUCGUCUCAAAAACGGAACCUCAAAUCAAAAUGGAAGGUACAGGGAUGGUGGUUGUCCACUCGAGACAGCUCUCUGGUUCGGAAAAGUACGGCUAUGUGAAAGAGGAUGGUGUCAUCCAGUUAGAUGUUCAAGAUCAAGCAGCCUCACCGGCGCCUGUGACAUUCGAAGCCGCCCCUGAAGUUGAGAAGAUUGAGAGUGUUGAUCCUGGCGUUUCCACUGUGCCCCAAUGGGAAACCGUAGACCCCACAGCUCAGGCCAGUUGGCACAAAGCUGAAACUGAGCCGUUCCAUGAGGCUGGACCGGUCACUCAGUCCACAGACAGUGGCGAAAGAACACUGGCGAACCUCCGCACAGCUGAGCUAAUCUCGACCGGAAUUCGAGACAGCGACAGCAUCAAGGCAGACGAGGACCGCCAAGUUAAUGUGGACAUCAAAGGUGCAGUGCCCUCUCACACUGAUCCACUCAGUGAGAUAUCUGAUGACUCAAUCCAAUGCACUGUGGAAAGGAAAGUAGCUGGACCUUUGAAAUAUGCAGUCAUACAUGAAGUUAAGGAGUACAGGUAUACUGAAGACAGAAGUCCUCUAAACGUUGACUUUGAGAUGUCACAUCCAACCACCAGCCCUGUCUACGACUACUACACCACAGAUGAAGAUCAACCUCAACAUUUACCAAUCAAUCAUCCAACAACUAUGCAAACAUACACAAAGCAAACAGAGGAGCGAAGGCUGCUGACACACUAUCAUGAGGAUGAUGAUGUCAAAACAUAUAAGGUGGAUGUUGAAGGUCCCACAAUGGAUAAUACCCCACCUUCUGAAGCGGAGAAACAGGUAUCCACCGGAACAGCGAAUCCUGUGUUAGAGCAUUAUGAUGACACGCCAGCAGGACACUCUAUGGCCAAGAUGGGCUUGUGCGAAGACGAAUUGCAUUACGGAUCAUACGAAACGACAGAUGUUUUCCAACAUGGUAGACUGGACAGACAGUCGACUGGCAGACUGGAGGCAAAGGUGACGGUACCGUCGCAGGUGUGUCAAAAAGAGAAGAGCAUCUGUAAGACCUCGGAGCACACCGAGAGGUCUCAUGAAGACCGAAAAGCCACACACGUGAAAUGUGACACGUCAGCGAUCCCAGAGAUCGAGGAGAGCAAGUCCACUGACGCUGGCUGCCCCAUUGAACUACAGUGUGAGGUCUCGCACUCCACUGCUCCAGCCUAUUGGUACAAGGAUGGCACUGAGCUCCUCCCUCAAAAUGGAUUCAUUAUCCAAUCAGAGGCCACCGUUAGGAGACUCAUUAUUCCAUCAGCACAACAGUGUCACACUGGGGUAUAUAGCUGCAAGACUGUGGACGAUGUCAUUUUAUAUAAGGUGGAUGUCAAAGCUCCACCACCAUCACCACAAUUUUCAGCCAUUCCCGAAGCGGACGUGAAGAAAUGCCUGCAGGCAGGCAGCCCCACUGUCCUGCACCGUGAAAUUUCAAACAUCUCCCCAGCCGCUGAAGUCAGCUGGUACAAGGACGCUGGAGUAAGACUCCACCAGCAUCAAAGUGGCAAUCAAGCCGUCUUAUCUGAAGGUGCUCACACAACUCUUGUUGUCCCACCUGCUGGGCCGUCCCACAGUGGAACGCCCACUUGUGAGACCCAGGAAAGAGCGGUCCACUGUGUCGUUCCCUCGGACACACAAGGUGAUUUCAAAACAGAUCCACGGAAUGCUCCACCAGUGAAGUUUUGCGCCUUACCUGAAGACUGGCAGAAUAAAUGCAUUGAAGCAGGCUGCCCUUUCGAACUCGAGUGUGAGAUAUCAAAUCCUGCUGCUCCAGUCAGCUGGUACAAAGAUGGUAGAGAACUGGAACCCCAGGGUGAAAUUGAGACUGUGUCCGAAGGUGCCAAAAGAAAGCUGUCUGUGCCAGCAGCUGGGCUUCAUCACACUGGGAUGUACACCUGCAGAACAGCAGACGAUGCCGUCAGGUUUAAUGUGGAUGUCAAAGCUCCAUCACCAAAGUUCAUACCGCUUCCAGAAGUAGAAAGGAACAAGUCUGUCACAGUAGGCCAGCCAAUCGUGCUCAUGUGUGGGAUUUCCGACUGUACAGCCGAGGUCAGCUGGUAUAAAGAUGGGGAGCAAUUAUCUGGCACACAUGGAGUCGCUAUUGAAAUGGCGGGAAAAGAGCGAAAACUGGUUGUUGAAUCAGCACGUCUCUCUGACUCUGGACAUUACAGCUGCGCUGUUGCUGACGAUGCAGUUUCUUUCAAGGUGGAUGUCCAAGCUCUCCCUGUUAGGUUCUCAGCCCUUCCAGACGUUGCAAGGAACAAGUUUGUUGAAGCAGAAUGCCCCAUUGUACUACAGUGUGAGCUUUCAGAACCCACUGCCCAGGUUUCCUGGUAUAAAGAUGGACAACAAGUCCUCCCAUUGGCUGGACUUGACAUCCUAUCAGAGGGCGCCCUGAGGAGGCUGACCGUCCAAUCAGCAGAAUUGAGACACUCGGGGGUGUACAGCUGCCGUUCUGAGGAUGAUCACAUAGAAUUCAAGGUGGAUGUUGCAGCGCCGCCAGUGAGGUUCUCAGAUGUUCCAGAGAUUGAGAAGAGCAAGUCCAUUGAAGCGGGCCAUCCUAUUUCUCUCCAUUGUGAGAUCUCGAACCCUACUGCUCUGGUCCAGUGGUACAAAGAUGGAGAGCCGCUUCUGCCUCAGUCGGGGAUUUACCUCCAAACAAACGGCACCACGAGGACACUGGUUAUCCAGUCAGCCGAGUUUUCCUGCUCGGGGUUGUACAGUUGUAAAACAGCUGAUGAUAUCAGCGAAUUUUAUGUGGAAGUGAAAGCACCUCCGGUGACAUUCGCCCAUGUCCCCGAGGCCGACCUCCACAAGAACAUUGUGGAGCAGGAGUGCUUGACCCUGUCAUGUGAGGUGUCAAGGCCUGAUGCCUUCGCUCAGUGGUUUAAAGACGGAGUUGAAGUGCAGCCUGAUGACAAAACCUUGGUAGAAACGGACGGCACAAUACGCAAGCUUAUCAUCCAGGUGUCGCAGCUGUCAGACUCUGGAACGUAUACGUGUCGUGCAGGGGACAGUGUGUUAAUGUUCAAGGUCAAUGUCAGAGAGCCACCCGUCAAGAUUGUUUACCCCAAAGAAGAUGUCCACCUGGACCGUCACGUCCCAGAGGAGAUAGUGCUCAGCUGCGAGCUCUCCAGGGCUAACGGCUCCGUGAACUGGUUCAAAGACGGCCAGAAGUUACAGGACAGCGAGAACAUCAAGCUGAAGACCGAGGGGCCAUACAGAAGACUCAAGAUACUUCGCAGCAGAGUGGAGGACUCUGGGGAGUACGUCUGUGACACGGCUGAUGACAGAAUAUUCUUCCAGCUCAACAUAACAGAGCCUCCCGUGCGUAUAGUAUCUCCUAGCCAGUCUCAAAUGGAGCUGUGUCAGCAGACUGCUGAGCGGAUGGUGUUGAGCUGCGAGAUCUCAAGGGCAAACGCAAAUGUACGCUGGUAUCGCGACGGCCUGGAGGUGGAGGAGAAUGACAACCUCAUCCUGGAGGUGGACGGAGUCUACAGGAGACUUAUCAUCCCAAAGACAACGGUUCAAGAUACUGCUGAAUACGCAUGCGAUACCGGGGAUGAUUCUGUGACCUUCUUUGUAAAUAUUGCAGAGCCUCCAGUGAGAUUCCUGCGGCCAAGAAAAAUGGCAUGUGGUGUGGACAUCUUCAUGGGUGACCCUGUCUUGCUGGAGUGUGAGGUCUCAAGGCCCAAUGCCGAGGUCACCUGGAAGAAGAACGGCGAGGACAUCGAGGAGAGUUCAAGGGUCAGCAUAGUCGGAGAGGGCCUUAUUCGCCAGUUAGCCAUACAGUCGGCUCUGUUGGAGGAUUCGGGUCAAUACGUGUGCGAUGCAAAGGAUGACGUCAUGGACUUCCAAGUUAGCGUCACAGAGCCACCUAUUGAGAUCCUUAGAAAGGAUGAGAUAGAGACAGAAAAAGACAUUUUAACUUCUGAUGCCCUUGUACUGAAAUGUGAGCUUUCUCGGUGGAAUGGAACCGUUCACUGGUACAAGGACAACCAGGAAAUCGUGGAGAGCGAUCACAUGACGUGUGAGUCGGAAGGAGCGUUCCGCUCCCUGGUCAUCCUGGAUCCUGAAGUUGUCGACACCGGAGCGUACACCUGUGACGCGAGAGAUGACAAGGUUGUGUUCCAUGUCACAGUGCGAGAGCCACCAGUGACCAUUGUAGGAAAUUCAGAGCGCCCUGAGCGCCAUAGCCAGCUACCGGGAGAUGAGCUGAUACUGCAAUGCGAGGUGUCGCGGCCUAAUGCGCCGGUUGAAUGGUACUGCAACAGGAGGUUAUUGGUUCCAGACUCGCGAACGCUCAUAGAAUGUCAAGGAACAGUGAGAAAGCUUGUCCUAAAACGGCUUGAGCUCUCAGAUGCAGGACAGUACAUGUGCGACGCUGUGGGAGACAAAACAAUAUUCUUGGUGAAAGUCCAAGAACCACCUACAAUGUUUGUCAAUAAAGACGAAGAGAACCAAGUCAUCACUUGUGAAAACGACAGGGUGACGCUCUGCGCCAAGGUGAACAGGGACAAGGCCCAUGUUGGAUGGCUGAAAGACGGCGAAUCUAUCAUCGGCACCCGGUUCGAAGCAUCCACCCAAGGAAGAAAUCAUUACCUUAUCAUCGACCCAGUCAAAAAGUCGGACAGUGGCAGGUUCACGUGUACUGCAACCACAGAUGAGAUGGAGUUCAUUGUGCUUGUCAAAGAGCUAAAGGUCAGAUUCGCCAAGCCUCUGCAAGACACGGUCGGGCUCAAAGAUAGUGAAGUCACUUUGCGCUGUGAGCUGUACAAGCCCAGGGGGGACGUCCAGUGGCUGAAGGACAAAGCCGAGAUUACGCCCAGCCAUCAUUUCACAAUCAGGGCCAACGAGUGUGAAAGGAGUCUGACCAUACACAAUCUCAUGCUGGAGGACUCUGGGAUAUACUCCUGUGAAUCCAAAGAUGCGAGAACAUCUGCAGCUCUUGAAGUACAGAAGCCUCGCGUGGUGGAGUUUAUCGCCGAGCUGCACAACAUCACGGUCAUGGAAGGGGAGGACGCCACGUUCAAGUGCGUGCUGUCGCCCGAGGACGCCCGGCUGGCGUGGCGCAUGAAUGGCAAGCCCAUUUGCGCCGACGAAAAGUUCACCAUGUCCAGCUGUGGCCUCUCCCACACCCUCCACAUACUUAGCUGCCAGGUCUCCGACACCGCGGUCGUGAGUGCAGAGGCCGAAGGUGUGGUGUCAAAGGCCAACCUUCGAGUGCAAGAAGCUCAGGUGCUGUUUACCAAGAACAUGGAAGAUGUCGUCGCUGAAGAGUAUGGGGAAGCCACACUGGUGGUGGAGGUCAGCCUGGACUCUGGCGAAGUGCAGUGGAUGAGACACGGGGUGGUUAUACAAGCAGGGCCCAAGUUCACCUUGAAACACAUCGACAGGAAACGGAGCCUGACCAUCCACAAACUCGUCCUGUCCGACCGCGGUACCUACAGCUGUGAAACGCUCCACGACCGCACGCAAGCGCAGCUCACCGUGGAACCGAGAAAAAUUAAAAUCCGCAAGGGGCUGAGCGAAAUCCAGACGUUUGAGCGCGAGACGGCCUCGUUCGAGGUGGAGCUGUCUCACGGCAACGUGGAGGGGGCGUGGAUGAAGGACGGCAUCCGGCUGAAGGCCAACAGCCGCUGGAGGCUGAGCUGCAAGGGCCGCGUGCACGCCCUCACCAUCUCCAGCCUGGCCAUGGAGGACAGCGGCACAUACACCUUCAGCACCGAGAACGCCAGGACCUCAGCCAGGCUCAUCGUCAAAGAAACUCCAGUAACCAUUCUGAAGAAGCUUGAGGACGGAAAGUUCCCAGAGGCCUCGGCUGUGACCUUGGAGUGUGAGCUGUCACGGCACACUAUAGAGGUCAAGUGGACUAAGGACGGCGUGGAGCUGAAGCCUGGUAAGAAUCACCGCAUCUACUCGAUGGGCCGCAAGCGCGUCCUCCAGAUCCUCCGCUGCGAGAUGGACGACUCCGGUGUUUACAUGUGCGACGCCGGAGACACCAGUACCAGCUGCUCCUUGGAAAUAUACGAGCCUGAGCUGGAGGUCGUCCAGGGUCUUGAGGAUCUGGACAUCCAGGAGGAUGAGAAUGCCGUGUUCAUGUGCGAGCUCUCCCUGGACAGCGUGCCUGGAGAGUGGUUCAAGAACGGGGAGAGGAUCAAGCCCACCAGCCUGAUCAGGAUCAGACAGGAAGGAACCAAACACUUCCUCCUGAUGUGCAAUGUCAAGGGAGAGGACUCCGGAGAGAUCAAGUUUGUGGCCAAAAAUAUUGAGUCCACGGCCUACCUGGAAAUAGAGGAGCUCCCGGUCAACAUAGUGAAUCCGCUUCAGGACCAGACGGCGCUGGAGAAGAGCACUGUGUCUAUGGACUGCACCGUGUCCAACCCGCGCUGCAGCAUCCGCUGGUACAAGGGCAGCAACGUGAUCCUGCCGUCCGAGCGCUUCGAGAUCUGCAGCGAGGGCUGCGACCGUAGCCUGAUCAUCCAGCAGGUGGCGCUAGACGACGAGGGCAUGUACAGCAUCCAGGUCGGGGAGCACAGCUGCUCUGCUAAACUCACCGUGGAGGGUACACAGGGGAACACAGAUUCGGCAUCGGACACCCAGUCUCUGAAGAUGGUGCGAGAGCUACAGGACGUGGAGGUGUGUGCCCCUUGCGAGGCCUGCUUCGAGUGUGAGGUGUCCGCGCCGGGGACCAGGCCCGUGUGGACGCUGAAGGGCGAGAGCCUGGAGCCCAGCUCGCGCGUGCUGCUGGAGAAGAUGGGCACCGUCCACCGGCUCACCCUCCGCCAGACCUCCGCCGACAUGUCCGGCGAGGUCCAGUUCACGUACGGGAAAGCCAAGAGCACCGCCAACCUUGUGGUUAAAGGUGAUCUAUAAAACAUGACAGCGAGACGGCGGCUUUGAUACAGGUCGGCGACUUCGAAGAGGAUCUGCAUUCGUUUAGUUAUUUUUUUUAGGUGUUCCGUUUUCUUACUUGUUGGAGAGGCGUGGAAAACUGAAAGCGCUGUCAAAUGUGAUGACUUGAACCUGAUAGAAUAUCAUGUACUCGGAAACGUUUUACAUUGUCCAGAGAGAGACUAGACAUGCAAUAUAAUUUACGUAUAUAACAGCUCUCCUACUAUGUGCUGGAUUCUUGAAACCUUUGAAGUUAAAUUUCAAUCUUAAUUUUUUUAAAUGUUUUGUAUUUGUAGCUAUAUUUGAACAAAAAAAACAAAUCUUAAUCACAGAAAUCAAAAACUAUCAAGUAUUUGUUUCAUUAAAUGGUUUUAAUGAAAUUGCCCUUACAGCAAACAUCAGCAACAUAAAUUGAUAUUCUCCAGGUCUUCUCAGAUUUGAUUUUAUUUGUAGUUGUAGUUAUCUGUUAUUUGUCUAAUAAUAAGUUCAUUGAUUGAUGUAUAUUUGUACUUCUUGUCCUUUGUAUAGACUUUUUUUAAGGGAUACAUAGUCUCUGGGAUGCCGGAUUUGGGGUGUUACGUAUGAGGUGAGGUGUAUGAGGCGCAAUGGGAAGCGGUCUAGACGGAAGCAUGUCAUGUAAAUACACAGGGCCAAAAAGAAGGGUAGUUUAGAAGAGUUGAUAACCGAGACAUAUUAACCAACUCAUACAGUAUGUGACUUGACUUUUCAAUUUCAGUAUUUCCCAAAUGUAGAAACAACACAUACUAAUCUAAUGCAAUUUAGCUAGUUUCCCGUGUGGAAGCCGUCUUUUCUUUUCUUUCUUUCUUUCUUUUUCAAAUUCCAUAUUUAUUUCAUCAUUCAUUUUAAGCAGGCAACAGUACUGGGUUUAUUGCAUUGUUGUCAUUUCCUUGUUUUAAAAUAAUAUUUCAAUAAAUGCUUUCUUCAUCCUUU